CCCUCCGCCUCGGUCCGGCCCUCGCCCGUUGGAGCGGUCUCCUUAGCCUCCGCCUCCAACCCCGCGCUGCGGAGGCCUUUCUCUUUGGUCGAGCCCUCCCUCCAUUCUAACUCCACCUUCUACGUCGCCACGCCUUUGACACCGCCCCCUGAGCGCACGCCCCGCCCCCGGGCAGUGCAAUCUCGGUCUUGGCGGCGGACCUUGAAGACAGUGGCAGAGAGUCAGGAAGUGAGGCGUGAAGUCUAGUCACCGGAAGACCCAGAGACUACCAAGGAUGGGAUGACUGCUGUAGCAGCAGCAACAGGCAGCACCUGUCCCUGUGAACUGCACGAGGACUGAAGGUGCCAGGGAUCAGAACACCAGGCCUCAUGUUUUUGUGGUAAGUGCUUUGUCUGCGGAAGCACCCCACCUUUAGAUCAUUUUAUGUGUAUAAAUGUUGUUUGCAUACAUGUCUGCAAACCAUAUGCAUGCCUGGUGCCUGCAGAGACCAGAAGAAGCCAUUGGAUCCCUUGGAACUGUUGUUAGCUGGGUUCUGGGAACUGAGCCCAGGUCCUCUGCAAAAGCAGCCAGGUUCUUAACGGCUGCACCAUCAGUCUCUCUUAAUGCAUCUAGGAUUGGCCUCAAACACAAGAGUCUUCUGCCUCUACUUCCAAAGUGCUGCAGUUAUAGACCUGAGCCACCGUGCCUGCUUCAAUCCACACGUGUGAUAUAAGUAAACUAUAGUGUUGAGAAAGGCAUUAGUUCCUCUGACCCAAUUCCCUCUUAAAGGUCCCAUCACCUCUCAACUCUUACCUUGGGAACCACAUUUCACAAAGAGUUUUGGAAGGGACAAAUGAAUCGUGUUCUCCUGAUCUAAUUGUCUCUGAGGCUCACUGCCUCCGUCUGCUAACCUGAGCCUAGUCCCAGAAGCUUCCAGCCUCCCUACAAUCUUAUCUGGGCCUAGAAUGUUUUCAGCCUCUGGAACUUAGUGCUGAGUAAGCUCACUCUUUCUAGCACUUUCUGAACUCUGGCUGGUUGGUCAACUGUUCUGACUCAAAAUCUGUCUCCACACUGACUGGUUCAAACUGGCGGCUUUCAGCUUCUGACUGAAUUGCUCUGCCUGGCCUCAUCCUCACUCUGGCAAUCUGUUCUGAUCUUGUGGCUCCUUCUCAUUCUGUCUUCACCUAUGUCUAGCUUGUUCUUUCUCUGCAAAUCUCUGUACAACUCUCCUGGUAAGACGUCCUCUCCUCCGCUCUCUCUGCACUGCUCUCUCCUCAGUAGCCUCCACAGCAGCUUGGUGGCAUCUGCCUUCUUGGCCACUCUUUCCACUCGCAGUACCAAUCCCUUAGUUGGGAAGGAGAGAUCCAGUCUGGACUGAAGUUAUGUAGGCAGCACCUACCGCAUCCUUGGGUCUGACUUGGAUACGGCAGCAGGGCUUGAAGAUCAAGGAGCUUGGCUUUGCCAUGUAGGCAUUUUGGGGGACAUCUGCUUGACUUAAGGGGGAUGAGCUUCAGGCUUACACUGCUCCAUAGCAUGUCACCUUGAAUAGGUGAGACCUCCACCCCUCUGAGCCUCGUUUUGCUCAUCCGGAAAUGGUAACCUAGAACCUAGGGACCUGGAGAGUAGAAGCCAGCGGGUAGUGCUAAAGUGAGCGACUGUGAGAUCAAGCUUGCCUUGUGUGCUUCUGAACCCCUUCUUCCCCACAUCCAGCACGUUUUCAUUCCCACAAAGACCCUAUUCUUGUCUACAAAUAAGGAAACUGAGGCCAGGAGAGGAAAUUUAUCCAGGGCUAUACUGCUAACACAGGUCAGGCCAGCAACUCCAGGUCUUUACCCCUGUGCCACACAGCCUCCUUGCUGCUGUGAGGGAAACUGCUCUCAGAUUUGGGGACUCGGGGACUGUUCACUUGUGUUUUCUAAUGCAUGAAGACAAUAUUUACCUAGCGUGCCCUGGGUGAACUGUUGUGUCUCUCCCCCCCACCCCACCCCCUUGUGUGCUGUUGUUGACCGGCAGAUGCUUUGCUCCCAGGAGCUCAGUGGGAGCACCAAUAGUACCAGCUCUUACACUGGAUGCUGGGAUACAGCCAGGGGCGGGGCUUGGAGGGGAUCAGUUCCCAGUCUUGUCUGAGCUCCUGCUUUCUUUGCUUCCAACCUGUAGUGCACAAGCAUCUCUCUGCCUAGCAACAGGCUGCAAAUGAGUUCUGAGCAGACCAUGUGAGCCCGUUCCGGGUCAGGGGAGAUGUACCAUAAACUAGGGACUCUGGCCUUCCCCGCCUCAGGCAGCUGGGCUUGUAAGCCUGCUGGACCCACAGCCGGGGGAGGGGGGAUACUGUCCCUUCCGUUCACAUUCUCCUGCUCCUUGCUCUCUCCGCUCUGGAGUGCUGGUUGGGCCUCUUCUGCACCUCUGCUUCUGCUGCUCUUCCCCUCCUCUCCCAUCUGAAUCUCUCCCCACCCCCUGCACGGUCACGUGGGGGCACCGACGGAUUUAAGCUUAAUCUGCUGGGCUGCUCAGCCUAGCAUCCUGGCGUUGGUGUGUUAGUGCCUUGGUGCGUGUCGCUGAGGUGACCUUCGACCUUCGUACUGUGAGGAGGGGGGCUGUGGAGUACCCACAGACCCCCCUCCAUGAGCCUGGGGCUGGCAGAAUCCCUGCAGGCCCAGCUGGCACUGGAGAUUGUGAUCCAGACACUGGAGAGUUGUGUCCUGGAACCAGACCAAGAGAAGAGCCUGAGUGUACAGAACCCAGCCCAGGAUUUCCAGGGAGCCAGCCUACCUGUCUGUGUUAGGGAGAUCAUCACCAGCAACCUCUCCCAGCCUGAGACCCCAGCCCCACUCCAGGUCCCAGAGAUGGCCUCACUGCUGUCCCUGCAGGAGGAAAACCAGCUGCUGCAGCAGGAGCUGUCCCGGGUGGAGGACCUGCUGGCCCAGAGCCGUGCAGAGCGUGAUGAACUUGCCAUCAAGUACAAUGCCAUCAAUGAGAGGCUGGAGCAGGCUGUGCGGCUGGAGACUGGGGAGCUGGAGGCACAGGAGCCCCGGGGUCUGGUGCGGCAGAGCGUGGAGCUGAGGAGGCAGCUGCAGGAGGAGCAGGCCUCCUACCGGCGCAAGCUACAGGCCUACCAGGAGGGCCAGCAGCGGCAGGCCCAGCUAGUGCAGCGGCUGCAGGCCAAGAUCCUGCAGUACAAGAAGCAGUGCUCAGAGAUGGAGAAGCAGCUGCUGGAAAGGUCCACCGAGCUGGAGCAGCAGCGACUGAGGGACACAGAGCACAGCCAGGACCUGGACAGAGCUCUUCUGCGCCUAGAGGAAGAGCAGCAGAGAAGUGCCAGCUUGGCCCAGGUGAACGACAUGCUGAGAGAGCAGCUAGACCAGGCAAACCUGGCCAACCAGACUCUGAGCGAGGACAUUUGCAAGGUGACCAGUGACUGGACCCGAAGCUGUAAGGAGCUGGAACAGAGGGAGGCAACAUGGAGGCGUGAGGAGGAGUCCUUCAACGCCUACUUCAGCAGCGAGCACAGCCGCCUGCUGCUCCUCUGGAGGCAGGUCAUGGGGCUCCGAAGGAUGGCCAGCGAGGUGAAGAUGGGCACCGAGAGGGACCUACUACAGCUAGGAGGAGAACUAGUCCGGACAUCCCGGGCUGUCCAGGAGGUGGGCCUAGGACUGAGUGCCAGCCUGCAGCGGGCUGAGAGCAGGGCUGAGGCGGCUCUGGAGAAGCAAAAGCUGCUGCAGGCCCAACUGGAGGAGCAGCUACGGGCCAAGCUGCUCCGGGAGAAGGACCUGGCCCAGCUUCAGGUGCAGAGUGACCUGGACAAGGCUGAUCUCAGUGCCAGAGUGACAGAGCUGGCCUUGUCUGUGGAACACCUUCAGAACCAGAACACAGAGAAGGACCAGGUCAACAGGACCCUCUCUGACAAGUUGGAGGCCCUGGAGUCUCUGCGGCUCCAGGAGCAGACAACCCUGGACACUGAGGAUGGAGAGGGGCUGCAGCAGACCUUGAGAGACCUGGCACAGGCUGCCCUCUCUGAUACUGAGAGUGGUGUCCAGCUCAGCAACUCAGAGCGCACUGCGGAUACCUCAGACGGCAGCUUCCGCGGCCUCUUUGGCCAGCGGACUCCAACUCCACCGCGGCACUCCUCCCCGGGUCGAGGUCGUUCUCCACGCCGAGGUCUGUCCCCAGCCUGCUCUGACUCCUCCACACUCACGCUGAUCCACUCUGCCCUGCACAAGCGCCAGCUACAGGUCCAGGACAUGCGUGGGCGCUAUGAAGCCAGCCAAGAUCUGUUGGGUUCCGUGCGCAAGCAACUUAGUGACAGUGAGGGUGAGCGGCGUGGCCUGGAGGAGCAGCUACAGCGCCUCCGGGACCAGACAGCAACCUCAGUCCAGGCCCAAGAGGAUGCGCAGCGUGAGGCCCAGCGCCUACGCAGUGCCAACGAGAUCCUGAGCAGGGAGAAGGGCAACCUGAGCCACAGCCUGCAGGUGGCCCAGCAGCAAGCUGAGGAUCUGCGCCAGGAGCUGGAAAAGCUGCAGGCCGCCCAGGAGGAGCUGAGGCGGCAGCACACCCAGCUGGAGGACCAGCAGGAGGACACGGUGCAGGAGGGCGCCCGGGCCCGCCGCGAGCUAGAGCGCAGCCAUCGGCAGCUGGAGCAGCUGGAAGUGAAGCGCUCGGGGCUGACCAAGGAGCUGGUGGAGGUGCGGGAGGCACUGAGCUGCGCUGUACUGCAGAGGGAUGUGCUGCAGACAGAGAAGGCAGAGGUGGCUGAGGCGCUGACCAAGGCUGAGGCAGGCCGUGCGCAGCUGGAGCUCUCUGUGACCAAGCUGAGGGCAGAGGAGGCUUCCCUGCGAGAUUCCUUGUCCAAGAUGAGUGCCCUCAACGAGAGUCUCGCCCAGGACAAGCUGGAAUUAAACCGCCUCAUCGCCCAGCUAGAGGAAGAAAAGGCGGCGCUCCUGGGCCGCCAGCAGCAGGCGGAGCACGCCACUUCGCUGGCUGUGGAGAAGCAGGAACGGUUGGAGCAGCUGAGACUGGAGCAGGAGGUGGAGAGGCAGGGCCUGGAGGGCUCCCUGUGUGUGGCUGAGCAGGCCCGGGAGGCGCUGGGGCAGCAGAUCCUUGUAUUGCGCAGCGAACGCAGCCAUCUGCAGGAGCAGGUGGCCCAGCUCUCCCGGCAGCUGAAUGGACGGGACCAGGAGUUGGAUCAGGCCCUGCGGGAGUCCCAGCGGCAGGUGGAGGCCCUGGAGCGCGCUGCCCGGGAGAAGGAGGCGAUGGCCAAGGAACGGGCUGGCCUGGCUGUGCAGCUGGCAGCAGCCGAGCGUGAGGGCCGGACCCUGUCAGAGGAGACCAUUCGCCUGCGCUUGGAGAAGGAGGCCCUGGAGAGCAGCCUGUUUGACGUGCAGAGGCAGCUGGCUCAGCUCGAGGCCCGCCGGGAGCAGCUAGAAGCGGACAGUCAAGCCCUGCUGCUGGCCAAGGAAACUCUGACUGGGGAGCUGGCAGGCCUGCGGCAGCAGGUAACAGCCACUGAAGAGAAAGCGGCCUUGGACAAGGAGCUGAUGACCCAGAAGCUAGUGCAAGCAGAGCGGGAGACUCAGGCCUCUCUGCGGGAACAGCGGGCAGCCCAUGAGGAGGAUCUGCAGAGACUCCAGCGGGAGAAGGAGGCUGCAUGGCGGGAGCUUCAGGCAGAGCGGGCCCAGCUGCAGGGCCAGUUACAGCAGGAGCGAGAGGAGCUGCUGGCCCGGAUGGAGGCUGAGAAGGAGGAGCUGAGUGAGGAGAUCGCCGCGCUGCAGCAGGAGCGGGACGAGGGCCUGCUCCUGGCGGAGAGUGAGAAGCAGCAGGCCUUGUCCUUGAAGGAGUCUGAGAAGACGGCACUGUCAGAGAAGUUGAUGGGAACCCGGCACAGUCUGGCUGCCAUCUCUCUGGAGAUGGAACGGCAGAAGCGAGAUGCCCAGAGCCGGCAGGAACAGGACCGGAACACAGUGAACGCCCUAACAUCUGAACUUCGAGACCUCCGGGCUCAGCUGGAAGAAGCCACAGCAGCCCAUGCACAGCAGGUGAAAGAACUCCAGGAGCAGACGGGGAACCUGGGUCGGCAGCGGGAGGCCUGCAUGAGGGAGGCAGAAGAGCUGAGGACUCAGCUGCGCUUGUUGGAGGAUACCCGUGAUGGGCUGCGGCGGGAGCUGCUGGAGGCUCAGCGCAAGGUCCGGGACAGCCAGGACAGCUCCGAGGCCCAUCGCCAGGAGGCUAGUGAGCUGCGGCGCAGUCUGAGUGAGGGCACCAAGGAGCGUGAGGCCCUGCGGCGUUCCAACGAGGAGCUGAGGACCGCUGUGAAGAAGGCAGAGAGCGAGCGGAUCAGCCUGAAGCUUGCCAAUGAGGACAAGGAGCAGAAGCUGGCCCUCCUGGAAGAGGCUCGAAUGUCUGUCGCCAAGGAGGCUGGAGAGCUUCGGGCCUCACUGCAGGAAGUGGAGCGAUCCCGGCUGGAGGCUCGACGUGAGCUGCAGGAGCUUAGGCGACAGAUGAAGACUCUGGACAGUGACAAUGGCCGACUGGGCCGUGAGCUGGCAGACCUGCAGAGCCGCUUGGCCCUGGGCGAGCGGACAGAGAAGGAGAGCCGGCGAGAGGUCCUGGGCCUGCGGCAGAAGGUGCUGAAAGGCGAGAGCAGCCUGGAGGCCUUGAAGCAGGAGCUCCAGGGUUCCCAGAGGAAGCUGCAGGAGCAAGAGGCUGAGUUCCGUGCACGCGAACGAGGCCUGUUGGGCUCCCUGGAGGAGGCGCGUGGUGCCGAGAAGAAGCUUCUGGACUCUGCUCGCAGCCUGGAGCUAAGACUGGAGGGUGUGCGGGCAGAGACCUCAGAGCUGGGGCUGCGGCUGAGUGCAGCUGAGGGCCGGGCCCAGGGCCUGGAGGUCGAGCUUGCCCGCGUGGAGGCGCAGCGCCGGGUAGCCGAGGCCCAGCUGGGUGGCCUGCGCUCCGCCCUGCGCCGGGGCCUGGGCCUGGGCCGAGUGUCCAGCUCCCCGGCUCGAGAGGCCCCUGCAGGAGGAAGUGGGGACGGACUCAGCAGCCCCAGUCCUUUGGAAUAUAGCCCUCGGUCCCAGCCCCCGUCUCCAGGGCCUGUUGCCUCCCCGGCACCUCCAGACUUGGACCCAGAAGCUGUGCGUGACGCCCUCCGAGAUUUUCUGCAAGAGCUGCGGAGUGCCCAGCGGGAGCGGGAUGAACUUAGAGUCCAGACUAGCACCCUGAGUCAACAGCUGGCUGAGAUGGAGGCCGAGAGAGACCAUGCAGCCUCAAGGGCCAAGCAGCUGCAGAAGGCAGUAGCUGAGAGCGAGGAAGCCUGGCGCAGUGCAGACAGGCGGCUGAGCGGGGCCCAGGCCGAGCUGGCACUGCAGGAAGAGAGUGUGCGACGUAGCAGGCGGGAGUGCAGGGCCACGCUGGACCAGAUGGCAGUGCUGGAGAGGAGCCUGCAGGCCACCGAGAGCGAGCUCCGGGCCAGCCAGGAGAAGGUCAACAAGAUGAAGGCCACUGAGGUGAAGCUGGAGAGCGACAAGCGGCGACUGAAGGAGGUGCUGGAUGCGUCUGAGAGCCGCUCCAUCAAACUGGAGCUGCAGCGGCGCGCUCUCGAGGGCGAGCUGCAGCGCAGCCGCCUAGGCCUGGGGGACCGUGAGGCCCACGCUCAGGCCCUCCAGGAUCGGGUGGACUCCCUGCAGAGACAGGUGGCAGACAGUGAGGUGAAGGCAGGGACCUUACAGCUAACAGUGGAGCGGCUCAGUGGGGCACUGGCCAAGGUGGAGGAGAGCGAGGGGACCCUGCGGAGCAAGGUGCAGAGCCUGACAGAUGCCCUGGCCCAGAGCAGUGCCAGUCUCACCAGCAGUCAGGACAAGAAUCUGUACCUACAGAAGGCCUUGAGUACCUGCGAACAUGACCGCCAAGUGCUGCAGGAACGGCUGGACGCUGCCAGACAGGCACUGUCUGAAGCUCGAAGGCAAAGCAGCUCCCUGGGUGAGCAGGUGCAGACUCUGCGGGGUGAGCUGGCCAACCUGGAGCUGCAGCGGGGCGAUGCUGAAGGCCAGCUGCAGCAGCUGCAGCAGGUGCUGCGGCAGCGGCAGGAAGGGGAGGCCGUGGCUUUGCGCUCCGUCCAGAAGCUACAGGAGGAGCGGCGCCUGUUGCAGGAGCGCCUGGGCAGUCUGCAGCGAGCCCUGGCCCAGCUGGAAGCUGAGAAACGUGAGCUGGAGCGGUCGGCACUGCAGCUGGACAAGGACCGUGUGGCACUCAGGAAGACACUGGACAAGGUGGAGCGGGAGAAGCUUCGAAGCCACGAGGACACACUGCGCUUGAAUGCAGAGAGGGGCCGCCUGGACCGCACACUCACAGGAGCUGAGCUGGACCUGGCUGAAGCCCAACAGCAGAUCCAACAUUUAGAGGCACAGGUGGUGGAAGUCCUGGAGCGGAACCACAGUCCUGUCCAGGUGGAGGCAGAUGAGCAGCACCUGGAGCUGCAACAGGAGGUUGAGCGCCUGCGCAGUGCCCAGGUACGGACAGAGCGCACACUGGAGGCACGGGAGCGGGCCCACCGCCAGCGCGUGUCGGGGCUGGAGGAGCAGGUACAAGGGCCUUUCCUGAGAGAAGGAGCUGGGAUGGAAUUGUGGGGCUGGAGGGAGGACUGGUCAUGCCCUCUACAACUUGAAAAGGGCCAAACAGAUUGAUGCUGGUGCCAGCUAUGACUGGAGUGAUGCUACCUCACCUCAGGAUCUCCUGGCCUAGAGCUCAUUCUCUGGCUCUGAGCCAUCGGACCAUCUCCCUCCAUGGCAUGGUUCCCUUAGCAGCUCCAGCUCCAGGCUCUCGGAGGAACCUGGGAUUCCGGGGCAAGAGCCCGAGAGAUGACUCCUCCUGGCCAGUGAGGUCACUUCUGGCUGGCCUAGUGCACGGCUUAGCUGCUUGGAUAGGCCCAGCUUGGUCACUGACACUCCUGCAAGAGUCUGGCCCAGCCAGAUCUUCCCUGCCUCUGGUCCUCCUUAGCUCAGGGUCCUCUUCUGGACAGGAAUGUGACAGCUUGGGAACAGGGCAGGGUUGGGAGUGGACACAGCUCUUGCUCUGCGGAGUGAUGCCAGGCAGAGCUGUUUCAGAGGCCAAGCCUCUGAAGUGAUAAGGAUGUCAAAGCCUGCAGACACCUAGCUGUCGUGAGGAGCAAGUAAGAAGCUGAUGCUUUCUGGCCCUCAGGGGACAGGUGACAUGCCACUCCUCCCCAACCCCCCACCCCUGCCCCUUCUUAGAAGUCAGAUGGGGCCUGGCCCACUGGGCCCUUCUCUUCUCCAGGUAUCCACACUGAAGGCACAGCUGCAUCAGGAGCGUCACCGGAGCUCAGCAUCCAUGUCCCCACCCUCUGGCACCCCAGAGAAAUGAGUCCCUUCCAGCCCAUAUCCUGAGCAGUCCCUGGGCAGGAGAGAGGCCCUCUGUAG